UGCUCAAUAAUGCAUUUGAAAAGGGAAUUAGAGGCAGAAUACACCAUUUCCUUCCAUUUAGAGCUACUUUGCUUUUGCCUUUGGCUUCAUCAUCACUUCGCAGUAGGAAAUCACUCAAACUAAUAAAACGCAGCUGACGUGAUGUUCGGAUAGGAAUGGAUCUGAAGUAUUCCUUUUUCCCCCAACAUCAUUGGAACAUUAGAGAAGCGCUCACAGUACCAGUGGGCAGUGGGCCAAAUGGACCCUUUUACAACGCAAAGGAUAAUUUUUCCUAGAGGCUCGCUUCUGACGAAGAAAGCAAACUGCUCCCACACCCAGGACGAGAAUACAAUGUUUACACCCUGACUCCACGUAGGAACUAUACUUUUUUUUUUAUUAUUAUAAUUUUUUUGUAGACAUUAAGUCACUUUGACCUCCAGUUGUGAGUUGCUGCGUUUAUAUUUCUUGAGAAAAUCAGGUUUGUCAGACCCGGUGCGUUUUUUUGUAUGUGAUGCAAUGGAGCAGAUGGCAGCUGAAACCACUCUGAAAGCUGAAAUGGAAGACAAAGGAGUAGCGAACUUAAAGGAGGACAACCCUGCGUGGGCUAGAGAAGAAAGAUUCCGAAAUGUGAAUGCCUCUGCAGAAGACAAACAAGGAGAAACCAGUGGAGAUCCUAAGCGGCGAGGUGAUGGCCUUUUCGCUCUAAACGAGAGCCAAAGGAAAUCUUUGUCUCCUUCAUCUGGCACAACAAAUGAUCUGACUUCCCCUCCUAAGAGCACCAUGGGAGUUGACUGUGCUGACAUUGUCCUGAACUGCCUCUUCUGCCGGUUUCACGACAUGAUCCCCAUCCUGCCUGAUUGCUGCCAGGGACUCACCAGUCAUUGUUGGCCAAGCUACAGGCAUGUCGACCACACUGGAGAGUCUUUGCACAGUGACGACAAUGACUCUUGUGUGGAACUGGAUUGUGGUUUGUUUGGGAACUGCCACGAUGCGAGCGACUGUCUGGAACUGGCUAUGGAGGUUUCUGAAAUAUGCUACCAUUAGGGGGAACCCCAAAGUCUGUGAGAAAGAGCAACGUCUCAGGACUAAAAUUAGCAGGGAAUAAUAAGGGGAAGUUUGAUGUUUACAUAGAUCUAUGUAUUAGUGCUCAGAUGGUUGUCAUGAGAUU